AUGGCCAACGUGGUGGCCUCGAGGUGUUCCGGCCUCCUCCUCCCGUCGAACCUCGCGGGAGUCCGCCGUCGCUCGCCACCGCCCUCUUCCCAAAGCCUCCGUCCGCGGUGGGGCCCGCGCCGACCGAGGACCCUCGCCUGCGUCGCGCCUCCCGACUCAGCCACACGGCAGGAUGAGCAGAAUGUCAAAGCUGAGUCGACCGAACAAGAGGCUCAGACAAGUAGUGCGCCCGAGGAUGCUGGACUUACAGCUCUUCCAAAUAAGGAUCUCAACAGAAGGGUAGCAUUACUCUCGAUUCUUGGGGCAGUGGCUCUCUUUGCGUCGCAGAGGCUCGAUCUUGGUCAGGCUUCUCUCAAAGAUCUUUCAGCCAAUGCGGUGCCUUAUGAAGAGGCUCUUUCAAAUGGUAAGCCCACUGUUGUUGAGUUUUAUGCAGACUGGUGUGAAGUUUGUCGAGAAUUAGCUCCAGAUAUCUACAAAGUUGAGCAACAAUACAAGGACCGUGUCAAUUUUGUCAUGUUGAAUGUCGACAAUACAAAGUGGGAACAAGAGCUUGAUGAGUUUGGAGUAGAAGGCAUCCCUCAUUUUGCCUUUCUGGAUAGGGAAGGAAAUGAGGACGGCAAUGUAGUUGGGAGACUUCCAAAACAUUAUUUUCUUGAGAACGUGGUUGCUCUUGCUUCUGGUGAUCCCAGCAUACCUCAUGCACGAGUUGUCGGUCAGUUCUCAAGUGCAGAAUCUAGGAAAGUUCAUCAAGUUGCUGAUCCCAGAAGUCAUGGCUAGUAAAUAGUUGGCUGUGGCUAGCAGCCUAGCAGUUUCAGUUAUAUUGUCAAGACCAGUUGACACGAGGCGAUUCUAGGCUGUAUAUGCACAAUCAGUCUUGGAAUCAACUAUCAAGCAUGCGGGUGUUGGCAAGAGCUGGUAGAUUGCAUAAACCCCAGAAGAAAAGGCUAUAGCAAUCGUGUAUAUGGAUG